CGCGAUCCAGAAGACAACUUCUAAUAAUCAAAUUACAGCAUGAUGGCGCUAGUAGGUACGACCAAGCGAAAUAUGAAACGCUCAAUUAUUUUCUGAUUCACGCGAUGCAUCUGUGUCAUCGUGUCUAACCUUUGCGGAAAGGAUCCGUAGUGGUGGUCAAAGAAAAUAAAACGAAGGAUUGACAGGUGCCACCACGAAGGAAAAAAUGGCAAAAUGUUUGGGUUGCGAGUACUUUUUAAUAUUUCUCGUGAUAAAUCUAGCAAGUAGAUCAGGAAGUGUUGGUGUUAUUCAUUUAGUUGAAGAUGAAAAUGACAUCAGAUGGCUUGAACACAAUAUUACCGCUGGAGAUUACACCGUGGUUCUUACAUUUUCCAUGUUUACUAGAGACAUACUACUUCGGUUGAAGAAUACGAAUAACAUAAAUGGAGUUUUAUUGGCUAAAAAUACUAGUCAACCACUUCCUGAAUUUUAUUCUCCUGAAGAUACUUGUCCUAACAGAUAUUCAGGAUACAAACAGUGCAAUGAUCUUCAUGUGGAAUGGAAUCCUCAUGGAUCCUCGUUGCUUAUGGAAGAUUGGCCUUUCCCCAUGUUUUAUACAGAGAAUCAAACAUUGAUAGAAGCUGUAAGAUCCUGUUUUUUAAAACACAACGUGCAUGAUAUAGAGAAUCAACAGUAUAGACCACUGUGUGCAUUAGAAAUGAAAUCGUUCAUGUUUGCCGCAAUUAAUUCUGAAUCUUGCAUUAAACGUAGUGAUUUUAAACUGAACUUCAAUCCAACACAAUUCUGUGAUCCUUUGGGCGAUAGGAAUAUAUAUUGGCCUUUAGCUCCUAUAAAUCAAGAUAAAAAUUCUGUAAUAUUAGUAACAGCUCGAUUGGAUGCUUCUUCUUUGUUUGAUGGAAUAUCACCUGGAGCAGGCAAUGUAGUUACAGGAUUAGUGACAUUACUUGCCACAGCUUAUUAUCUGAAUACGUUAGCUAAAGAUGCUGUAGUGAAUAAAACUAACGUUGUUUUCUGUUUAUUAAACGGCGAAGCUUUUGAUUAUAUAGGAUCUAGUAGAUUCAUUUAUGAUUUGAAAGAAGGUAACUUCAAUGCAUUAGGUGGUGUAAAUUUAAAAUUUGAUGAUAUUAAAAGUGUGAUCGAAUUUGGUCAGCUGACUGAAGGAGAAUUGUUUCUUCAUUCUAAUAAUGCCGAGAACGACGAAGUAAUAAAAAAGAUACAAGUAGCGUUGAAUGCUAAAAUUUUGAAAGGCAGUAUACCUCCAACGUCUAUACAGAGUUUCUUAGAAGAAAGGCCAAAUUUGACUGCUGUUGUUAUAAGUGAUCAUGGCCAACAAUUUAAAAACAAAUAUUACAAUGGAAUUCUGGACGAUGCGGAAAGCCUUAACUUCAACAAGAGCGAUGGGCUUGCAACUGCCUUGGCAAAGAUAGCAAUUAACGUCGCCGAAAUCCUUUAUGAAGACGUAUUCGGCGCUCGGCCUUUUGUUGAUUACGAUUCUUCUCAUUUUGUUGAAUUCUACGUCUCGGAAAUGUUGAAAUGUUACUUAGAGACUGCUAAAUGCACCUUGUUUCAAGCUGCUUCAUCUCCAAACGCCAAAUUAAUGAAUCAAGUUUUGUCAUUAUACGUUGGCGUGCAUAGGGUGCCAAAUACUGCCACAACACUGACUGGACAACUUCUUGCAUUUCUGACUAGAGAGGAAGUUUCAAAUAUGACAGAAGCGGCGUGUUAUGAAAAUCAUCUUAUUUGGAUGGCUGGUAUUAAUAAUACAGGUUUAUGUAUAAACUCGACUGUAAAUUACAGCACGGCCAUGAGUCCAGCAUUUAUUAUUGACGGAUACGACAUGAAGUCGGGAAUGUAUUCAACGUGGACAGAAUCUAUAUGGCAAACGUUAAGCGUAAGGAUGUUCCUGAAACCUUCAGCAGCUACAGAAUGGCUCACCAUGAUUUUAGGAAGUUCAGUGGCUGGCGUAUCAUUCAUUCUCGUAUGGUUCAUUAAUUCCCGAGCUGAUAUAUUGUUUAAUUCGAGGUAAUUUAAUGUAACUUCAAAUGUAGAAAGCCCGUUGUAUUAAUUUAGUCAGUUACUACGUUAAAUAUUAAAGAAAUUUGUUUUAGAAGAGCGAUAAACUGCUAG